AUGAACCCUUACAGGAGCUAUGAGGACUUCUCCCGCAUUCCCUCGGCCUCCCGGCGGCGGCGUUCCCUGCGGCACUGUAGCUCCCAGCCCUGCUUCGUCUCCUGCACCUUCUACACGCCCAUCUGCUUGCCCUUUCCGCAAGAUGAAAUGAAAUUCAGCCUCAAGAAUAUGGAGAGGAGGUCAAAACUAGAGGUGGACCAUCUGAGCAAAGAACACGAGAGCUUUAGUGAGAGUGAAAAGAGCUCAGAGAGGGUGAGGGCGAUGAAAAUGGAAAGCAUGCUGAAGAAGGUGCUAGCUGAAAACCAGCAGUUGAAAAGUGCUGUUCACUUCUUGAAGCAGCAGAACAAAGAAAAAGAUAGCGAACCAGAAGACUGCAAGAGGGCUAAAGAAAAACUUAUGACGGAAAUUGGGUCUCUCUUGACCGAAAUUGCCUUCCUGAAGGAAGUUCGGGAGCAGCUGAGAUCCAAGGACCCCGAGUCCAGGAAGGAGACGACAAAAGCCCUCACCGAGACCAUCCAGGCCAAGCUGGAGGUGGCUCACGCGAAGAUCGAGGCGGCCGAGGCCAAGAAGGAGACCCUGGAGGCCAAGCGGAAGGCGGAAGAGGCGGCGGAGGUGGCGGAAGCAGCCCAGGCGAGGGAGGACAACCUCCUCUCCUACGUCUCCAAGAUUGCCACCCUGGCGUACCAACAGGCUGCCGAGGCGGAGUAUGACUGCACCCAGGCCCGCAAAGCCAUGGCGGUGGCAGAGGCCAUUCAGGUUGCCACCCUGGCCGACGGCAAAGGCCGACGGAGCCACAAGCACCACCACCACCACCACGGCAAGCACCACCGGAGCCACCACGACCACAGGGGCCACCACAGCCACCACAGCCACCACAGCCACCAAGAGACCCAGAGCGACCUGCCCCACUCGGAUCCCGAGACCCUGAGCAGCACCCGAUGAGGAGGAGGACGGGAGGAAGGAAGGAAGCAAACGAAGGCAGGAGCGUGGCUGGGCGGGAGGAGAGAGAGAGGGGAUUGGCGCCAUAGAGCGCCAAUAGCAGGAGCCCUGGGCAGAAUUAAAAUUUAUGUUUGAGCUGCUGACUCCUUACUCGUUUCAUAGAAUUGUGGCGUCGUAGAGUUGGAAGGGACCCACCGGGCUAUCUGUUCCUUUCACAUUGUUGCUAUUUCUAGGGUUGCCAGAUUUCAAGAAGGGAAAAUCCGGACACAAAAGUCGGCAAAGUUGUUGAGCUUUGGCGCAGUAAGCUAGGGGUAAAGCUUUUAGCUUCUUUGGAGGAAAUCCGCCAAAUAAUGGACACUUCCGACAGGGCUGCCAUAUGCCCGAGUUUCCCCACAUGUUUUAACUGAUUUUUAAAAUUUUCCGCUGGGACGCCCUUUUCAACGGGCAA